AUGAGUUCCUCUACCCAACGCGCGGCGACCCCCAAGAGCCUAGCAGUGCCUCUGCUUGCUCAUCAGGAGAUCGCCUUGGAUUGGAUGCAGCGGCAAGAGAGGGGCACCAGUAAAGGGGGCAUUUUGGCUGACGAGAUGGGUCUUGGAAAGACUCUUUCUACUAUUUCAUUGAUUCUUGCAUGCUCAUCGACCGAGAAGCAUAAAACAAACCUCAUAGUUUGCCCUGUGUCUCUCAUCAAGCAGUGGGAGCAGGAGAUAAAGAGCAAGCUCAAGCCUGACUACCAGCUGAAAGUGUCCAUCUUCCAUGGCGAGAAACGCGCGCCGGCAUCCGAGCUCAUGGAACACGACGUCGUCUUGACGAGCUACGGAACCUUGCUCAGCGAGCGAAAAAAGUUGAAUGACUUUUGGAAGAAGAACGUAGACCGCAAAAUCGACGUGAAGAACGACGUCCUCCUCAAGCAAUGUGCAUCUUUUCUGCACCCUUGGGAUUCUCACUUCCAUAGAAUCAUCCUCGACGAGAGCCACCACAUCAAAAACAGGCUGGCCCAGACCAGCGAAGCUGUCACGGAGGUGAAGGCAAAAUAUCGCUGGUGCUUGACGGGGACUCCCAUGAUGAACGGCGUGGACGAUAUGUACGCGAUGUAUCGAUUCCUCAAGAUCAGUCCCUACGAUGACUGGGGGUUUUUCGUCGACAGCUUUGGGACUCUCUUCGACACUAAAACGACCGGUGCUGAUCCCAAGGUGCUUGCCAUGAAGAACUUCCAGGUCCUUCUCAAGGCUACUAUGCUACGUCGAUCCAAGUCCUCGAUGCUUGACGGCAAGCCCAUUCUUGUACUGCCCGAAAAGACGGAGGAGAAUGUCGAGGUCGUUCUGAGUGUCGACGAGUUCAAAUUCUACCAAGAGGUACAAGAGAAAUCUCAGGUGAUCUUCAGUCAGUACCUCGGGGGAACUAAGACCAUCGGAUGGCGGUUCGGUCAUGUGCUGGUGCUUCUUCUGCGACUGAGACAAGCCUGCUGCCACCCGUUUCUUUUGCUCAACUCCGAACAGUUUAUCCCCGAGGUUGAUGCCGAGAUGUUGGAGCGAGCGGAAAGACUACCGGAAGGUCAAGUCAAUCGAAUUCUUCACUUCAAGUGCCGCGACUGCUCGACAACCAUUGCGGAUCCCAUCUUCAUCUAUCCCUGCGCUCAUGAGAUUUGCGUCAACUGCCUCGCAAAGCUUGUCCCCAAAGCAAGCAAUGCGCAAGUCGAGCAGACGAAGUGCCCCGUCUGUAAAGGCCCCUUGGACAAGAACACGGUCAUUACGUACGAUGCAUUCAAGCAAAUCCAUGCGCCUGAGCUUCGUCCGUCCUCGAAGGUGAAUGUGUGCAUCGACCUCCUCCGGCGAAUCCAGAAAGAGACGGGCGGCGAGAAGUCUAAGACACUCGUCUUCUCCCAGUGGACAAUGCUCCUGGACUGCCUUGAAGUGGCUCUCCGUGAGGAUGAUGACGAGACCAUGCGGAAUCUAAAGACGGUGCGAUACGAUGGCUGUAUGACCAUGACGUUGCGCGACAAGGUAGUGCGAAAAUUCCGCGAUGACCCCGACGUCAGAGUCAUGUUCCUCUCUCUGCGAGCGGGCAAUGCGGGACUCAAUCUCGUUGCGGCAACCCGCGUCAUCAUCAUGGAGCCGUUCUGGAACCCCUAUAUUGAGAUGCAGGCCGUCGACCGCGCACACCGGAUCGGCCAAAAGAAACCCGUCAAGGUGUAUCGUCUCCAUGCUCAGGGGACGGUGGAGGAUCGCAUCAUGAAACUGCAGGAGGCCAAGAAGAGCACCAUCAACGCAGCUCUCGACGAGAAAGCCCAUACCCAGGUUUCCAGUCUGAGCCUCGAUGAGCUUAAGUACCUUUUCAACCUGGCUUAA